CUUCUAUAGUUACCAGCAGUUGCGCGCUCGUCCGAAAGAGUCCGUGCCAGCGUUUACCAGCCCAUUUUUGCUUAGAGGCCACCUGACGCAGAACUGCUUGGGCUUUGAGUAAAGAUAAUAAUUGUCGCGACACUCUUCGUGGCCAGGCAUCGGCGCUCUGAUAUGGCGACACGACAACACGGGUUCAGUGCCUGGCCUUCAUAGGUACCUUGGAAUGCACUGAAGGAUGAGCCAAAGUAUUGACGGGCACCCGUUGGCCGGUAUCGAGAGGUCCUCACACCUUGAGGAGUACAGCCGGACACGGCCAGCCUCAGCUGGAGGCCGCCCACGCAGCCUGCUCAACAAGGUCGCCAAUGCAGCAGCAGCAGCGCAAGUGGAAGAUGAACCGGACCCAGUCGACGCGGAGCCCUGGGUGCUGGAAGGCUGGGGUGAUGGGCCAAGCGUGAGCGAGGCGGCCCAACAAGCCGCACUCAAGCUGGCGCCUCACCUUAAGAAUGUGCCCACAACACUCGUGGGACUCGGUGGUGGACCCGGCGGCGGGCGGCGUGUGCUGAGCGCUGGGCCAGGCGGGCGCAGCAACCAGCUCAAAGCCUCGGAGGCGCGACGUAAACCGCCGAGCGGGGCAAGCCCUCAGACGCAGGGUGACCGCCGGGCGUCUGGUUCGCAGAAUCCCGUGCCUGCCGGUGUUGGUCACGGCGGCACACACGCAACAGCCACGAUUCGCCGUGCUACCGUGCCACCGCCACGCAACUUGGAAGUUGGCGAUGAGAGCGAUGUAGAGCCGUCUAUGCCGGCACCGGCGGCCGCGCGGCCGGUUGCCGGGGCCAGCACUAUGGCCCAGGGACGGCCAGUGGUGGGCGCGGGGCCGAAGCCGACUGGCGCUGCAGUUGGCUCAGUGCGUCAGAUACAGUCUUCUGUAGCGGCACAACUCGUGCAGAACACGUCAGGCGUCGCGUUGAAGCUGGUGGGGAGGCGGGACGUGGCUGGUGCAGUAUCGACACAGCCGGUGGGGACGCCAGCGGGAGCAGGCCUUGGCCCGGCCGCAGCCGCGGCGGCACCUGGCACCGCAUCGCCAAUGUCACCGCGCUACCGCAGCCUGUCAGCGGAAGCCCACCACCACCUUUCACCCAUUGGCAUGGGCUCCUUUGCAUCCAGUGCCGUGGGCGCCAGCGCGACGCCCACACGAGCAACGGCGCUCGGCGCACCUAACACGGCCCAUGGCUCGCCCGGGCCAGCCUCGGCAUCGAACCAUGGGCAUCCGCCCUUGCCGCCGCACGGCCAUCUGGAACCCCUCAGCCCGCUGCAGGGGAAGUACGGCAGCCGGGGCGAUCCGGGGCUAAACAGCGGCGGCUUCCCGCGGCUGCCGUGCUCGUCCUCGUUUACCUCACCGGGCAAGCCGCCGGUCGGCGCCAGCGGCGCGGCCUCCAGCGAGCACGACGACAUGGUCGCGAACCUGGCGCCCAUUGCGCCACCGCCGCCGCAGCUGCCAGGGCUGUUCUUGACGGGGCGCAAGGGGGCAUCCUUCCGCAAUGACGGCUUGGGCUUGUCAGGCUGGGACCCAGAAGCCCCGGCGUUCCAGCAUCCAGGCUCGCCGUCGGCGGCCGGUGGCAGCGGAGGGGGAGGCGCCGGGCAGAACGUGUCGCUGUGGAUUGGGCCGACUGCACCAGGUGCGGGGACGUCGGGGCUGCAGGUGGGCUCACCCGCCGGCAGCGGCCGUGGCACUCCGGCGGGCGGCCCCGGGACGCGGAGGGACCAGCUGGCAGGUAACAGCCGCUUGCACCGCGGCGCGGCGCCCGGGCCUGCUGCUGCGGCGCCUGCGUCUGCACCACUGACGCCUUUGGACCUUGGGUUAGCCCCGGAGCGCUCGUCAGGAGGCGGGGCGGGGGCUCGGACGCGCAUGCCCACCACCGGCCAGUCGCCCUCGCCUGACAUGACGGCAGGCUUUGGGAUAGCAGCGCCGCAGCAAGAUUCGCUGAGCGACUUCGCGGCCAGAAGGCAGGACAUCAGUAGUGCGGGAAGCAACGGCGGCGCGGCGGCUGCGGAGCCGCAGAAGCAGGCGCCGCCACGGGGUGGGACAUACACGGGGCUCUUGCCACCCACAUCCGCUACAAUGCCAAUGCGGGUAACGAGUUUGGGGGUCAAGCCGUCCCCUGUACCACGGCCAUAGCAUGGGCUGUCAGGCGAAGCGUUGGUGGGGUUGAGAAUAGACUCGGGAGGCAUGGCUCACUGAAAUGCGAUGCCAUGGUUGGCAUGCCAAGUACAUAUGUUAAGUAAGACGGGUCUGGUUGUGUCAGUGCUAUUGAGCAGGCCAUGAGCGCAUGGCAGCAUGAGGUCCUCGGCUGGGGGCAUUCAGCGUGGAGGCAAACACCGCUGCGGUGUGCGUAUUGUUAAGCUGCAGGAGUAGGCAAGACCACAAGGAGGAUAGAAUAUUGAAACCAAAUGUCGAAACCGGCCAGUGUCUGGUUUGGGAUGAGCGGGCGAGGACCGCGUCGCGCAGGCAUUACUGACAGCAGUGCGCUUGGCUGCGUGCGCUACAGCUUUAGUGUACAUGUUUUGACA